AUGCUCCGUGACAACCUCAUCAGCAAUCGAUCGACGAAAUUAAGAAACAAAUUCAAACUCCUGAAAGAGAAAAACUCCAUGCUCAGCAUAUUCCGUCGGCGGCGUCAGUGCUAUUACAACCACAACACUCCAACAUUCUCAAACAGACAAUCGCACAGUUUGAAAAAUCAGAAUCAAAAAUCAAACGAGUGUGACACUUGUUCGAAAUACUCAAACUCAAAAUUCUCCAAUUUCACCUCGAAUUUCAACUCGAGCGUCAAUUCAAACACCGACCUUUCCACGUCAGAUAGUUUCAGGACGGCCAGUUUGAUUGAACUGACACAAAGCAUAGAUGGCAUCUUAAGUGAGGCAAAGGAAGGAGUAGGAGACAGCGAGAUAACGGUCCUCGUUAGGCAGCAGAAGUUGCUGGAGCAGAAGAAAAGGAACCUGGUGAAUGAGCUGAUCAGCUUGCGAACAUCGCACGACAGCACCAACAUGUCCUGCCGAAAUGGCGUCGUCUGCUUCGGAACUUUCGAUCCCGUCAUCAGUAAGAAUAGGAAGAGGAUCAAACGUGCUCGUAGAGGGAAAAAGAAAAGAAAUAGGAAAGGAAGAAGGAACAGAAAGAAAAAAUUUAGAAAAAAAUCUUUUAAUAGAUUCAAAAAAUCUCAAUCAAAAAUAUCAACCAUUAACUCGCUGCAACAUAGUAAAUCAACAAUCGGCUCCGAGGAAAUUACAAUAGGCUCACAAAUUUCAACUUUAAAUUUUCACAAACCUUCACCUACAAUCAACAACGUUCCAAUCUUUCGGCCUCAAUUAGAAUUACCACCUCAACAAAAAAUCACUAGAAAUCUCAUUCCCAGAACACCGGCUCCCCCCAGAAUGAUGGCCCCUGGCAGACCCACACCCCCUCGUCGACCACCAACUCCUUCCAGGAUGAUGACGACUCCCAACAUAGAAGAACAAAACUCGACGAACGUAUGCUUUGUACCGGUUCAACCGGCUUCGAGAGCUGCUUGCUUCAACACGGCGGACGGUCCCUUCACUAUCGUCACUGUCCCUGAUGUCCCAACGCAGAAACAAGUUGGCCCGCAAUUUUAUCAAUUCAGUAGGAAGAACGACAGCUUUGGGCCCGUUAACGGUUUGAAGAGUUUCUCAGAAGCAACGAAAGAAUCAACAGGUGAAGAUAUGCAACUUUCUAAUAAACUGCUGGGACCGUUUCAGAGUGUCGAUUUGAUUAAAUUCGAAACGAUUUGCAAGUCGGAUCUCAGUCUAGAAGGCGCUACCGGUUGCUCUCAUUUCGUCGAGAAGGAGAAAGAGCGGUUGCGAAAAGUGAUGUACCUGAAAGACGCCUUCAGUCACAAAGAGCAAGUAAUCAGGAAGAAAAUUUUAAUUCUACGGAAGCACAUCAAAAAAUUGAGAAGAAAAAUUGCCACCUGCAAGAAAGAAAUGAGAAUAAAAACCAAACUGAACAAGGCCUGGAAUGAAAAGAGGAAAGAAUUACUGAAACAGCAGUUGGAAGAAAAACAGGGCAUCUUAGAGAGACAUAGGAAAGAUAAGUUACAACUUCUCGUAAACAUGGAUACGCAGAGUAAAAAGCCUAGGAGUCGAAUGAGAAGGAAGCAACCUUCCUACAAGAGAUUUUUAAGGAGUAGGAGUCGCAUUUCUUUUUUCGAGAACAAAUCAGAAAGGCAGUUUUCGAGUAGGUUAUCUGAUUACCUUGUUAGGAAAGGAAAGAGCGUCAAGUGUAGUAAAAAGGUGGAAAAGAUGUUGCUAAUGGAUUUCUGCAACUGUCUCCUACAACCAGAGCCCGUCGAGUUGCGGAGAAAGCCCAGCAGACGAAAGAGAAGUCGUAUUAAGGAGAGAGUUCAAUCGGCCUAUUCCAUACCAAGGUUGAGAGCGUCGUCUAUAAGAAAGAUCGCCGCCAAAAUAUCCAAAGAAGUGAUCACAAAAGCGGAAAAUUCUUCAAAGACUCCGAACUGGGAAGUUGGCUUAAAAGUUGAAACGAUUAAAUCUGGCAGCACGAGAGUUGACGAUCAGAUAUUGAGACAGCAGAAGACUGGUUCUGUUAAGGAGAUGGCGAAGGCUAUUGAAGAGAAAUUGAAAUAUAAAAAUUCCGUCUAUAAAACGAAGAAGUUUGAUAAAAUUGAGGAGAAAUCAGAAAGUAAACUGCUCUCAAGUCAGUCUGAAAAUAAUAAAAAUUCAACGAAAGAGCAAAGCAAACAUACAAAGGAACAACAGAAAAAAGAGAAAAAAGAUUCAAAAAAGUUGGAAAAUGAUAAAAAGGAGGAAAAAUGUAAAAAAAAGAAAUUGUUAGUGGGGCAAGAGAAACAACAUGGCCUUCAAUCCUCCUACAUGGAUGAGUUGAAGGACCGUAUCAGUAAAAUUAAAACCACCGGCAAAGAAACGACAACAACGACAUCAACAACCACAACUUCUGAAACGAUCACUGAAACUAAAAAAUUGACAACUUCUGCAGCUGUAGCUGACAAAGACAAACAUAGGACCACAACAAAAGUUGAAAGUGAAAAAAGCAAAAAGACGGCAUCUGCUUCAAAAACUGAUAAAAAUAAAACAACAGACUCCAAACGUAAAACUGACAACAGCGAAAUGACAGCCUCCGAACAGAAAUCUGAAAACAAAAAUGCAACAACAGCGGAAUUGAAAUCAGAGAAAAACAAAGCUGCAGAACCUGAAAUGAAAACGGAGAGAAGCAAGAAAACAAGUUCUGCAUCGAAAAGACAAAAAAUGGAAACGACGGAUUCCGAAAUGAAAACUGUAAUAACCGAUUCAAAGACUGAAAAGAAUAAAGCUGCAGAAUCUGAACUCAAAAGCGAGAAAAGCAAAGCUGAAAGUUCGGGAAAGAGCAAAUUAAUGACAUCAGAGUCUAAAACUAAGAAGAACGAAACAGCAAAGACGAUGGCAACAGCCACAAAAACGUCAUCAGCUUCUUCAUUAUCUCCCUCGUCAUCAACAUCAAUCUCAUCAUCAACUUCUGCUACUGACGAUGCACCACCAAUGCCGACAAUAACCACACAACCGCCGGCUUUUACUAAUAACGAACCGACCAAAUCAAGCGAGUAUUUCAUACCGGACAAACACAGCUCGAAUCUUUCGGUUUCAACCAGUAAAGACAAUGCCAUGAAAGGUACAACAACAGAAGGUACAAGAUCAGAUGUCAGCGAUAAUUUGAAAACUGACUCAAAAAGCACAACGACGAUUCAGCCGUCUUCAAACGCAAUCAAAAUCACUAAAAACGUUACGAACAGUGCUUUCACCGGACCACACGAUACCGAAAGUUUGUCAAGAAUCGAUUCAAAUAAUGUUGAGAAUUUUGUUGCCGAUAUUCGUUCAGACUCAACGAGUAGUGAACAACUGAAAUUCAGUACUCCAAAUAACGGUCCGACUUUGAGCAAUUCAAAUAAUCGUGGCAUGCACUAUAGUCGGUUGUCGAAAAAUUCAAAUAUUCGUCGAAUCGGUGUCGGUCAAAACUCGAGGACCGAGACAAACUUUAGUGAAGUUCUCAACAGAAACGAAUUAUAUUACAACAGAAACCAUGAUAGUUGUUACGGAAAAAACAGACACUGUAACGAGAGCGAAGAAAACAAUAAUUACAAAAUUAAGUAUAAAAAUAUUUAUGAAAAUUACAACAAUAAUAAUUACGCUAAUUACGUUGGAGACGCAACUAAAAAAUGCGAUAAUUCUUGUAACGAGUACAUAAGAGAUGAGGUAUUCGACGAACCUAUCGGUGUAGCUUACCCGGUUUUUUCCAAAUACGUCACUUUAAAAAGUACACUCGGUAAGUUUAAACGAAAAAUUCAUUAUAAACUAUCCAACCAUUGA